AUGAACCUCUUCAAGCCCGUUGCCGCAGCGAGGGCCGCCAAGUCUCUCGACCGGACGCUGUUCUCGCGCACGCUGCCUACUGUUGCGGCGAGCGUGCGCGAGAACAAGCUCAUAUCCAAGUACAGGAAGCAGCUGGGGCAGACGAGGGAGGUGUUGAUGGUAGACAAGUUUGACCCGAUUGCCGCGGAUCCGGACGAGACACUGGCGGGCCAGGGGAGGAAAUGUCUUAUUCUGAAGCCGGAUGUGAAGAUCUCAGCCCCUGAGACGUGGAGUCCCGUGCUGCAGGAAGCCACCAAGAUUGGGGACCUGAAGAUUGUCCCGUUUGACGUGACGUUUGGAUAUGAGCUGUGGCCAUAUCUGGACGUCAUGAGGUCGAUAUUGCCGGAAGAGCUUCACGAUGAGAUCCCUGUGGGUUUCAACACUGCCGGGCACGUGGCGCACCUGAACCUGAGGGAUCGAUAUCAUCCGUACAAAUACAUCAUUGGCCAGGUCAUCCUUGACAAGAACCCGAAUAUCCGGACCGUCAUUAAUAAGACGGACGAUGUCGGCACCAAGAACGAAUUCCGUACCUUCAGCUACGAGGUCCUGGCUGGUCCGGAUGACAUGCGUGUCGAGAUUAGUGAGGCCGGGUGCGCCUUCAACUUUGACUACUCCAAAGUAUAUUGGAAUUCGAAACUGAGUGGGGAACACGAUCGAAUCUGUGCCAUGUUCAAGCCUGGGGAGGCGGUUGCCGAUGUCAUGGCUGGUAUUGGACCCUUUGCCGCGCCGGCGGGCAAGAAGGGGGUUUUUGUCUGGGCGAAUGACAAGAACCCAGAGAGUUACAAGUAUCUGGGCGAAAUUGUGCGGAGGAACAAGGUGACCGAGUUUGUCAAGCCCUUCAACCAAGACGGCCACGACUUCAUCAAACGAGCCGCAGACCUUGUGCUGGAAGCCUCUCAGCGCGGAGACUGCGCCGUCGUCAAACCUGCCAAAGUGUCCCGUAGCGCACCACCGGAGAAGCGGCCAGAGCCAGUUCGCGUUCCUGUGCCUCCUACCGUUGCCCACUAUGUCAUGAAUCUGCCCGCUUCUGCUCUCGAAUUCCUCCAUGACUUCAAAGGCUUGUACCACGGGCAAGAAGGGCUAUUUACGCCACACACGAACACCAAGUUGCCUUUGAUUCACGCGCACUGCUUUGCUGUCAAGGCGGACGACGCGACCGCUCUCCAUGACAUAUGCCGACGCAUCUACAGCGAGCUUGGUGUUCAGCUGAGGCCGGGCAGUGCGGAGGUGGAAGGGGAGGUGGCCAUUCACGAGGUUCGGGAUGUUGCCCCCGCAAAGAGGAUGUUUUGCGCAAGUUUCCGUCUGCCUCGUGAAGUGGCCUUCUCCCCGCGAUCCCGGCAAGGCAUUUAA